GCCUGAUCUAGCAGUUUGUUCAGUUCCCCUGUAGCUGCGCUUGUUUGAUGAGGUGUGGAGGAAAGAGGAGAUGUGGUCCUUUUUCGCCAGGGAUCCUGUCAAAGACUUUGCGUAUGAAAUCCUCCCGGACACCCAGGAGAAAUCGGGAAUAUGGAGCCUUCAUCGAGGAAAACGAAAGGUAAAAGUCAGGUGUGCAGUUAAAGCUCCGUCGCUGUUAGCUAGCCUGCUCCGUUAUGGAGGCCCGUCACUAUUAGCCACCGGCUAGCUAGCAUUUUCUCCUGACAUCUUUAAUUAGAGACAGUGUUGAAGGUUUAAUCAGCACCAGUACAUCCCAGCUUUGUCAGUAUCUGUCCGAUCCUUUCUACUGGUUCGUCAGUGCAGAUUUUUCUGCUCCUUACAUGUCAGCUGUAGUUCGUGCUAACCAGGUAACUCGGGCUUUGUUUACUCCGGGGCAGACACGUACCUCUCGCCACGUCACCCGGUUUUAGCCUAGUUAACAAUUUUUAAACAGCAUAAUCUUUCAGUUCUUGUCUCAUAAUGACAAAUACUGCGUCCUUCCUUUCUAAGAGUUUCCCAUAUUGAUCAUAACCGACCGCUUUAUAUCCGGGAGACUCGAUCCAAACUGCCAGAGUCAUUAUCCUCAACUCUGAUGGACCAGAUGAUGACCAGGACAAGCCUCCUGUUCAGAAUCAGAAAUACUUUAGUAAUCCACAGGUGAGGGGAUAAAUAAUAGUAGAAUAAGUAAAAAUAAAUAGAGAUGCACAGAUCCAUUUUUUUCGUUCCGAUCCGAUACCGGUUCCUGGGCUGAGCGCAUCGGCCGAUAGUGGAUACCGAUCCAAUGCUACUGUUAAAUGAAUGAACUGUAUUCCUUGCCCCGUGAGUGAAGGCAUCUGGCUUGACAUUAGCCUUGUUAAAAAAAAGUUAACAAAUUAACACAGAGAUAAAUUUAGUUAUUUUUUUUAUUAACAAAUAGCCAAUUGCACAUUAGCACACAGCAAAAAGAAGUAAGACUUCCAUGUAAACAUUUAGUGCAAGGAUAGACAGACAUAGAAUAUAGUGCGGACAGAAUUGCUUUGUUGCUGUGUAUGAUAUUGAUUAAAAGCAAAAAAAGACUGGAUUGGAACGCUGGAUCGGUGUCAUUCAUCAGAUAUCCAAUCCAGUUAAUUUGUCAGUUUGCCGAUAUCCGAUCCAAAUAUCCGAUCGGUGCAUCCCAAAAAAUAAAGAGAUAAAUAGAUAAAAUAAUUAAAAUAAGUAAAAAUAAAGAGAUAAUAUACAAGUAUUUACACUACAGAGAACACAAAUAGUAACAUCGUAUGCAUGCAUCUGGAUAAUAAGAACAAGAACAUAGGCAUCAUUUAUAAAAAGGGGCAGAGCUGCCUCUUUUGCCUGAGAAGACUCCGAUCAAUAGACAUCUGUAGCAAGAUGCUGCAAAAUCCUCAGCAUCAUCCUGCAGAUGUGUUUGCUGUCAUUUCUUUAAUAUAGUCGUAGACAAAAUUAGAGUUUCUUCUGUUUGAAUUUAAUCCCCAACCUGAUGAUUUUCUCAGACCAACGGAGAGCCAGUGUCCGUGUUCCUGUACGAGGUAGCACAGGGAACAGAGCAGCAGACCCAGCUGGCCAAGGCUGCCUUCAAGCGCAUGAAAACCCUCCGGCAUCCUAACAUCCUGGCUUACGUUGAUGGGUUAGAGGUAUGGAUCUUGCAUCACUUUAAUUGUUAAUGUUUUUUGGGAACCAUGUGAUUAACCAUGUGCUGUCAUAUAACUAUAGUAUAUUUAGUGUCUCACAUCCAUCAUCUUUUUUUUCUCUGCAUGUUUACGUUCAGAUAGAGGUGAGUUUGAAUAUACCACUGCAGUCUGUAGAAAGUUGUAAGUAGUAAAUGGUAAAGUAAAAGUAUUAUCUCACACAGUUUUUACACUUGUUUGCUAAAUAAAAUCAUAGAUAACCCAAUUAAUGGUCAUUUCCUACUCUGUAACUGCUAUUGUACCCAUGGAAUUUGUAGCUAGCUACAAAAGAGAAAACAACAGGCAUUUAUUGUCUUCUUGCUUGUCCAGAAAGGUGUGUUGAAAACCAAUAAUUCUAAAUCAGUUUGCAAAACAUUGCACUGCCUGAAAUUUUGUAAAACAUGGAAGAGGAUAUCUUCACUGCAUACUUCAAUUAUUGACACAAAUCCCUUUGAAAUAAAAGGCCAUGCUGUUCUAUUUCACUCCCUCUACUUUAAAAGGUCUUUUUAAUGUUAAUAUAUUUGCAUUUGAACCAACUACUCUGUAAUGUGGACAACAAACAGCAGAAUUUAUCUCAAAUAUGUGGUUAUGUAUGUAUAUUAGUUCAGAUUUUUAUUGAUGUUAAUUUAACAACAACAUCAAUGAUAAUGAUAACAACAAAAUAAUAAAUGGAGUAUAUUUAGUCCCUUUCAAAGGACCUAAGGUUGCUUUAAGAAGUUAAGUAAUAAGACAAAAUUCAGUCAGCUUGUUGUGUACCCUUAGCAGUGAAGACAUAGCUCAAGAGUUCUUAACACAUUACUUUAUUGCUGAUGUUUGUACUGUUAUGUCUCACAGACAGAGAAGAGCCUGUACCUGGUUACUGAGCAAGUGACCCCCCUUGCAGUCCACCUAAAGGCCCAGGCAGACAAGGGUGGAGCUGGGGAUCUGGAAGUUUCUUGGGGACUGCAUCAAAUAGUGGUAAGGAGUAGAGAGUUAGUCUAAGACUGUCAGGACAGCUGUAGAUCUGUCACCGGGCCUCUAUGAGUCUUACUCCAUUCCUCUCUUCUCCCACAGAAAGCUUUAAGUUUCCUGGUAAAUGACUGCCACUUGCUGCACAACAAUUUGGGUGUAUGGUCAGUUUUUGUGGACAGAGCCGGAGAGUGGAAGCUUGGGGCUCUUGACCAUGUGGCCCCCGAGCAAGGUGAUCCAAGCGGGGCCUCGCUCCCUGCGCCCAAAGCUGUUUACCCAGACAUGGAGAAAUAUGACCCUCCAGAGAUGCCAAACAGCAAUGGAGAGAAAUGGUAAGAGAGUAGUGUAAUAACACAAGUUGAGAGGAGUACCUCAGAAUGAUAUGUGACCUAUAGAGACAAGAGAAACUGCAAAUUGGAUAUGUGGAAGGAGUGAUACCUGACAGAAGUGUUGAUGAGAUUCUAAACUAAGCUUUUGUUGACACUGAGUAUAUAACUGUGUUCAUGUUGGUUGCAGGGCAGGAGAGGUGUGGAGGCUAGGCUGCCUGAUCUGGGAGGUGUUCAACGGGCCUCUGCCUCGCACAUCCUCACUUCGUGCAGUAGGAAAGGUACAGUACCCCCCAUACUGCUUUUCCUGUUAUUGCUGCACUAAUCCCUUUAAUGUCAUGUCAAAUUUGCAUUUCAAAACGCAAAUCAUAAUACAGUUGUUUUGAUAUUUUUUAAUAAAUGACAUUCAACCUAAUAAUCCAUAAUAAAUUUACCUUGCAGUUUUAUAGUCCAAGCAAGUCUUUGUUUUUGGUUAGGUGUUUCUUCACUGAGUUAUGUUUCCUGUCUUGUUCAGAUCCCCAAAACCCUGGUGCCUCAUUACUGUGAGCUGGUGGGAGCCAACCCCCGAGCUCGACCCAACCCAGCCCGCUUUCUACAGAACUGUCGAGCCCCAGGAGGGUUUCUCAGCAGCAGCUUUGUGGAGAGCAACCUCUUCCUGGAGGAGAUACAGGUCAUUAGAUUACAGCGACUCACCUAAUCAUGUUUUUUCAGUGCUAUAGCCAAACUAAACCAUAAGAGUCACGUCCACAUAGAAAAAUAAUGUUCCUUUUGGAUGCUAAAGUGAAUUUGAUUACACAAAUGAUAACAACUACCUCUGGACAGUGAUUGAUAUCCAAAAUUAGAAUCCAGACAUGACAACUUUAUCCAUCUCUUAGAUUAAGGAACCAGCUGAGAAGCAGCAGUUCUUCCAGGAUCUCAGUGAAAAUCUCGACUCCUUCCCCGAGGACUUUUGCAAACACAAGGUCCUGCCUCAGCUGCUCACUGCGUUCGAGUUUGGCAAUGCAGGCGCCGUAGUCCUCACACCACUCUUCAAGGUUAGCCCUUAUCUUAUCUUUUUUAAAACAAAGGACACAACUGUGGUUGAAAUGGUUUGACUGGUUUUGAAGUCUUUGUACACAGUCCUCCUCAGACCCACCUGUCUUUUAAUGCGAUUCAAUUUCUCUCUGUUCUGCAGGUAGGAAAGUUCCUGUCAGCAGAAGAGUACCAACAGAAGAUCAUCCCUGUCAUUGUGAAGAUGUUUUCCUCCACAGACAGAGCUAUGAGGAUACGGCUGCUGCAGCAGGUAUGAACGGUCACCAAGAGUAACCUUUGUUGACAACAUGUCAUAUCAAAAUCAUCCUUUAAAAUCAAAAAUGAAAGAUAAAUGAUAACAGAAGUCAGUUAUUACUCAUGACUGCUGUUUUAAGCCUGUGUUCCACCUGGAUGCCAUGAGUUUCCUUAACCCUGUUUUUCUCUGUGUCUCAGAUGGAGCAGUUCAUCCAAUAUUUGAACGAAGCAGCAGUCAACUCCCAGAUAUUCCCUCAUGUCAUUCAUGGCUUCACGGACACAAACCCUGCUAUUAGAGAACAGACAGUCAAGGUAGAUUGCAAAGUGGAACAUUUGCACAAACCAGGAGGUGUUAUUACAUAAUCGCUGUGUACCGUCAAGCCUCAACUCUUCAUUGUCUCUCCUUCUCAUUCUUAAGUCUAUGCUGCUGCUGGCACCCAAAUUGAAUGAGACCAACCUGAACCAGGAAUUGAUGCGUCACUUUGCCCGGCUGCAGGCCAGGGAUGAGCAAGGCCCAAUCAGGUGUAAUACCACGGUCUGCCUGGGCAAGAUCGCCUCCUACCUCAAUGCUGGGGUAAAGCACUUCCACACCUUUUUUGCAACAAUAUAUUUAAAGUAAAAAAAAAAAAUCAAACUAUCUUUUAGUUAUGAAUUAAACCAAAGAAGGUUGUCUUUCAUCUUUUCACAGACUCGCCAACGUGUUCUGAUUUCUGCCUUCUCACGAGCCACUAAAGACCCUUUCCCAGCUUCACGCUCUGCAGGAGUACUGGGCUUCGCUGCCACACAUAACUUCUACAGUGUAACAGAGAUCGCAGCCCGUAUCCUGCCCACUCUCUGUGCCAUCACCGUUGAUCCUGAUAAGGGCGUCAGGGACCAGGUACACAAAAUGAUGAACAUUUUUUAACGUAUGCCUUGUUGCCCAACAUUUAUUGUAACUAUAUGAAGAGAAUUUUGUUUACAAUUGAGGUAGUAAAAUUCUGUGUAUUCAGUGUUUGUGGUCUUUACCUCUGGUUUAAAUCAUUGUACAUUUCAAGUGGAAGAGUAACAUUCGAAUAAAACUGAUCAUUUGGGAUAGGCAGUCUGUUUGUUCACUAUGUUCAUUGCUGCUUCUCUCUCUCUUUCAGGCAUUUAAAGCCAUUAAGAGUUUUCUUUCCAAGCUGGAGGCUGUAUCAGAUGACCCCUCUAAGCUGUCUGAAAUAGGUCUGUAAAACACUGCUCUGAGCUGUGAAGUCCUCUGUCUCCUUCUGCUGUAAAAACUUUCAUCUCCAUUUUUAUAAAUUGCCUAGUUUAUAGGGGGAAAAAAGAACAAAUUGUUGCAGAUAUAUUUGGAUCAGAGCAAACUUUUCUGAAUUUGUUUUCUAAAACCAAAUCAUCUCCUCUCUGUCCAACAGAAAAAGAUGUGUCGUCAUGUGCUCAGCCUGCAGGAGCCUCUUCUACCUGGGCCGGCUGGGCUGUGACUGGCAUGUCCUCAAUAACUUCCAAGCUGAUUCGCAACACUCCGGGGACAGAUGGGGGCACAGCAACUGAGGGUGGUGAGGCUGCAAAUGCCCCCAGCCCUACUAGUAACACUGGUGGAACACCUGCAGCUGGUGGGGUUAUCACAUCUUAUUUGUUUGACUCAUAAGAUAGUUUGACGUUUACAAGUGUUGUUGUUUUGUUGUUAUUUUCUUUUUCAAAUUUGGGGCGUCAGCAGUUUCCAUGAAGCCUCAUUCCCACUGAUAGUUUUAUCUGGGAGCAAAAAACUGUAAAAUUCCUUUUCAUAAAUGCAGUAAAUCUCCUAAGACAUACAAACCAACAUUUAUGUAUAUAAUUGGGGGAGUUCUCUUUUAAGACAUCCUGAAUGACAGUCUCAAACUUUUUGGGGUAUUUUUUUUUUCCCAAAUGCAGGUUCUGAAGAAAAAACUCCACAAGACUCUGUGACUCAACUCAGUGCCUCUAGUCAUGCCAACCAACCACAGACCCCUGAAGUAAGGGUCAAUGAGGAUGAGCCCGUGGGAGAUCGCUGGGAUGAUGAAGAGGACUGGGGAAGUUUGGAGGUAGAACUGACUGCUGCUUUGUAAACAAACUGGACAUCAGAAAAUCUUAAGGAGAUGUAUUUAGAGGUUUUUAUUGUAGUCAGUUUUUAUUAUACUGACUAAAUAAUGUGUGUCUUAUUGGUCAACAUUAGUGCUAUUCUUUGAAAUCAAUUUUACGUUGAUUGGUCACAUGACAUGGAAGCUAUUGAAGGAAAACAGCCUUUUUUGAGAACAUCAGCCAGUAAUUUGCUGAUGAUCCCUUAUUCAACACCCAACGUUGACAGCGAAGGUGCUGAGUAGAUUUAACCGCGCUGCUGUUGCUAUUCCCGGUUAUGUAGAGUGAGAAGGCACCAGUAGAUCCGCAGUGAAUGUCUGUCGAAUAUCCAAACUAACUUUACUGCAGUAUUUACAUGAAAAAACAUUUGUCGCCUCGGCUGAUUUUUUUCUUUUCAUGCAUACAUGUGCCCCUAAUAACAUUUUACAAUUUGCACACAUCUAUUUUUAGUCACAAAUGCGAGUGAAACAGUUGCACCGUUGAGCCCUGUAUUAUCUAAUAUAAUAUAAUUAAAUGAUUGUUUCUCACAUAGGAGCCAGAUAAAACUCAAACUGAAACAGAGGACUGGAACUCUGACUGGUCAGGGAUGACGUCAUCCAAAAAGAAGGCCAGUGAUAGAGGGGUAUGAGCAUUUUAAUUCAGAUUCACAUAUUCAUAUGCUACACAAACUUUAGAGCUAAUACAACAAACCUGAUGCUUUUACCAUCUGUCCAAUAUCUAGGUUGGCCGGACAUCGUCCUCCGUGGCAGUAAAAAAGCAGAGCUCUGAUUGGAGCAGCUCGGGAUGGGAUGCUGAUGACAGCUGGUCCAACGAGAAGGAAGGGCAGGGUCAGAGCUCUGCGGGAGAGGAGGGCUGGGGUAAUGACUGGGCUGAAGAGGACACAGACACAACCUUGACAAGUGCAGUGGCUUCUCUGCCUGAAGGGGUACGGUUAGCCAGUGAUUACAACUGGGACACUGGAAGCGCUGUAACAGGGACCGGACAAAAUGAUCUUUUCGCCAGCGUAUCUCAGAGAAGCUCAGCCAGCGCUGCUGCAACCACGGUGAGUGGUGUAGGAAAGCAGAUGGACAGAAGAGAGGCUGGUAAAGGUUAUGCUAGAUCAAGGACAAAACUUUAUGUGUCUUGUGUUUUCUUUCUGUCAGGCUGGAGAUGGCUGGAGUGCUGAGGCAACAGGAGACUGGGGGAAUGAAGAUAGCUGGGAGUCAGUGGAUGGUAACCAAGGUGAGUCUUUCAUAUUUGAAAAUCAUGACUCUUGAUGGUCCUAAAAGAAGCUGCAGACAGAUGUCAUGUAUUGAUGAAUUAUUUUCACUUUUGGGUCACAUCAACUGAACCAAGGCUAAAAUAUUCUCAAUAAAUGUUCACACUGCAAAUCCCUGUAUCACUUUUCAUUAAACUGCCCAUUGUAUCGUCAACCAGGUCUCAGUAAAGCUGAGCUGUCCAAGAAGAAGCGGGAAGAGCGGAGAAAAGAGUUGGAAGCUAAACGAGCAGAGCGCAAAGCUGCUAAAGGUCCACUCAAACUGGGCGCACGCAAGCUGGACUGAUUAGGGACAAAAAAACGAAAGACUCAAGUGUGGAAUUGGAGAAGGGGAAAACUUGGAUCGGCUAGUUUUGACCUCAGAGUAUUGAGUGAAGGCUUGAUAUUCCACAAGGAAGAAGAAAGAAGUGUUAGCAGUGGAUCAAAUGCUCUGGGAGUGUUGGUGGAGCGUAACGCUGUUAGCCCGACAGCAACAAUCCAGUUCUUUAUCUGCAGUGGUGUGGAUGUUGGGGCAAAGACAGACAAGACAGAGAGACAUGACGCAACACAGAGAAGCACACUCUGUACCAGAGGCUCGUCUUGAUUGCAAGAAGUACUCCUAUUUCCUAUUUCUGUUUUUUUUAAUGCAUUACUUCAAAGUCUAUGGUUGUAAAGUAAAUGUAUAUACAUGAUGCAUCUUCUCUUAAAGUCACAUGAGGUAAUGACCCUUUUUUAUAAAAGAAAAUAGAGAAUUAUAUAUAAACACCUAACAAUCAAACACGUAUUAUUAUGCUGAAUGUUAAACACAGUAAACAUGAAUGUUUGAGUUCAGCUGUCACAAAUUUAAGGGUUUAAACCAAUCCCCGCAUGCCAGUGUGUAUUUCUGUGUCUUAACAAUGGUUAAACAAAAGAAAAACAAAACAAAAGAAGAUAAUCGUUGAGUUUUACUUUUGCACAUGCAGCAGUGUAUUUCACUGUACUUUACCUGGAGUGGCUGGUGACACUUGUGAUAUAUCCUGCAGAUGUGAUGGUAAGGAGACGUUAAACUGAAGCUGGUGAGAUAGUUUUCAAAUAUUAACGCGUUUACAUUUCUUAUCCCUUCUUAUUUCUGCUCGGACGUGAUGGUGGAGGGCUUAUGAAAUCUGUUAAAAUCACAUGAAGGAUCUGAUAUGCAUUCACACUUGUACAAUCCUGCAGAUCUCCUGAAGCAUUAGUUUUAAUCAUCAGCUGUUUUUAACAUCAGGGUAAGCGAGAUGGUAAACUGCUUUUACUUUUAAUGUGCCUUUGAAUGAUGACGGAUCCAAAAAGUCACUGUUUUUAAUUGGAAAUUAAAGAUGGACCAGAAGUGUAUCCCACUGCCAAACCAUGGUCGUCAAAGCUUUUAUCAGUUUGACCCAUAUCUCUGUCUAUGUAACAUGUCCUUGUUGGGUUUGGUGUUAAUCACCACACAGUGUGCUGCUUUAUUGAUGACAGAGCUGGCAGAGUAAACAGCCAUCAUCCUUUGAGUAAAUGUCAAGUCAUGAUGUGAUGAUGGAAGGUCAGAAAUGCUGUGAAGAGCUGUGUCGGUGGAAUGUAACAUUUAAUAGAAAAUCCAAAUGAUGUAGCAUGUGAGCU